AUGCUCCGCCGUAUUACUCAACAAAUUCCCACAAAAGAAAAUCGACCCCGGAGCUUCACCAUCCCUUGUUCCAUUGGGGGAUCACCUAUACGCAAUGCACUAGCCGACCUUGGGGCUAGCAUCAAUCUCAUGCUUGCAUUAAUGUUUGACCGACUCACACUAGGUAAGACGAGCCCCACGAAGAUGAGCAUACAACUCGCCGAUAGGUCUAUCAAAUACCCGCAAGGUGUUGCCAAGAAUGUAUUGGUAAAAGCCGGAGACUUUGUCUUCCCAGCUGGCUUUGUCACACUCGACAUGGAGGAAGACACCGAAGUACCACUCAUUCUAGGAAGACCAUUCCUUGCCACCACUCACGCAAUGGUGGAUAUGAGUGAUGGGAAGUUAACAUUGAGGGUCGGAGACAAAGAAAUGAAGUUCGGGGUUGGAAAAAGAGUAGAGGACGACCUAGUCAACUACAUGGAUGUCAUAGACUCAAGUUUGGAUGAUGCUCUCCGACGGUGCAACACGAGAUGCGAAACCUCCCACUCGAGUAACAUAUGA